ACUUUUAUUACAUCAUCAUCAGCAUUGUCUCCGGAGUUGCUUUUUUGUGUUUUCUUGUAUACAUUUGAAAUCAAAGUGCAUUUUUUUCUAGAUUUUGGAGAGAGAGAAUAAAUCUUUGUUCUAGAAGAAAAAUGGAUGGUGCUGCUGCUGAUGUUGAUGAUGGUGUAUGGAGAGAGAUUGAAGAUGAGUUGAUAGUUGCAGGGAUGAAUCUUCUCAGGCUUCGUUCCUCUCACUCCAUUGAUGAACUCCUCGUCCGCCUUCUGAGGGUAGAGCGAGUUCUAACGAGGGUAGAGCAAAAGCCGCCUGCGUUUAUAGAGAAGGCCCUUCACCCAGCCAUGUCAGCACUCAUAAAAAACGAGCUAUUGAAGCACCCGCAUCUAAAUAUCCAAUUCAUAGUUGCUUCUUGCCUUAAUCAGGUUACGAGAAUAACUGCUCCACUUCAAUCUUAUCCCGAUAAUCAAAUGAAGGUAUAUUCUUUCUUAUCAUCGUCAUCAUGACGUCAUCACUCUUUUGAAAUUAGAUUUACGAACUUAUACGUUGUUGGGGGUUUUUUUACGACAGGAUAUUUUCCGAUUAUUCAUGGUCGUACUUAGGCAGUUGUCGCGUUUGACGGGUGACGACUAUGAUAGAGCUGUAAAUAUUCUUGCAGCUAUGGCAAGAAUCCAAACAUGCCUUGUAAUGAUGGACUUGGAUAUUGAUCCAAUCAUUGUUGACAUGUUUCGAGUUUUUUUCGAUACCAUUAGGCCGAACCACCCCUUUACGGUAUUCAAAUACAUGGAAGCUAUCAUGAUUUUGGUGAUAGAACAGAGUGUCGAGGUCUCUGUCGAACUUCUCAAACCCCUUUUAGAUAGUGUCCGAAUAGAUAAUAAGAAUACUUCACCUGUUUCGUGGGAGUUGGGAAAGAUUGUAAUUGAGAAAUGUUCGACGAAACUCCAGCCUUGUAUUAGAGAAGCUGUGAAGAAAAUGAAGCUGGAAAUUAACGACUAUGCUGAAAUUGUCGUUUCUUUAUGCGACGCGAACAUGGUGGCAGAAGAAUUAGCAACAGCUGCUGCAGCUCUUUGUGGUGAUGGAAUAUCCAAAUUAAACGGAUCUUUUGAGGUCGAGCGAGUGGGUCCCACUCUGCCUCAAGUGAAGGAUGGAAAUGGAAACAAUAGUAUAUCAAAUGAUGAUAAUUCAUUGCAUACAGUGACAAAAAGACGAAGACGAAGGCCUAACUCUUUGAUGAGGCCUGAAGAAGGCUAUGUACAUAUUUGGACAACUAAAGAUCGGGAUAGAAAGACGACGAAUCACGAGUCGAGAGAUGUUGUUGCACACAAGAUGUCAAGAGGGUCUAACUGUGAUUAUGGGGACGAAAUGGUGAAUGUAAGGAUAAAGGUUUGGUGGCCAAUCGACAAAACGUUCUACACUGGCACUGUUGAAGCUUUUGAUCCUUUGACAAAGAAACAUAUGAUUAAAUACGACGACGAUGAAGAAGAAAUCUUGAACCUGAGAGAGGAGAGAUGGGAACUGUUUCACGAAAAGCAGCCUCGACAAAUCAAAAAGUGAAUGCUGUAGCCCCUGUUCGUCUGAAUAAAGGACAAUAUGAAGAAGAUGAAGUGAUGCCCGGAUUCUCGUUCAAGCAUGGCAAUAGCUGAGCUGGCAAGAAAAGGCCGAAAACCACUAAAAAGAAGAGGGAGCCUUAUUUAGCCUUUGAAACCUCCGAAGAUGCAACAAAUUAAUGGUAAAAAACUAUACAUCAAAGAGCAAACUUUGUUUUGAAUUUCGAUUCGUGCGUGGUUGUUUGAUACACACAAACUAAAUGUUAAUAAAAAGUUAUUUUUCUUAAUCGGAAGUUUUUUUUCCCCUU